CCGUGUGUCGUGUAUCGUGUGUGCUUGGGGCAUGUCCAAGUUGAAUUAUGCAAUGAGCAAUGCGCAGUGUUCGGAUUCAGAUUUAUGCAAAUGCCGUAAAAGUGCACAACGAAAGAUACCUCAAAGGCAAGGACCAAGGACCACCGCAGCAACUCAUUAAAAAUAGUGCAAAUCAACAAAGGAAGGGAAAAGUAAACUGAAAUAUAAACUGGAGCUAGAAGAGCCCACAGCCGGAGGGAAGCCGAGGACUGCCUGGAAGAAUCCUUGGAACAUUGACAGCAGCUAAAGGAAAUACAGCUACAGCUCUCCCUGCCUACUGCCUACUGCCGACCGCCUAGCCCUGGUCUGGUCUGCGUAGUUAUGGUCGAUCCAUUAAAAAUCUUUUGGGUUUUGACAAAUAGCACCUAUUUGGUUACAAAAUUUGUACGCAUUGGUAUUGCCGACAAAAACGAUUCACCGCCAUAUUUCGAUAGAUUUCUGUACGAGACUGAGAUCGAUGAGAAUGCCGAUUUGCAGAGCACAGUCCUCACUGUCAACGCCAAGGAUCACAAUGAGUCGACGAAUAUUCGAUACCAGAUCACAGGCGGUAACAUAGGCAAUGCCUUUGCCGUGCAGAACACGACCGGUGUCAUCUAUGUGGCGAGUCCCCUGGACUACGAAACGCGGCCAAGGUUUGAACUGCGUUUGGAGGCCACCAGAAAUCGCAAAAACAACUACACCACCGUUGUGAUAAACGUGCGCGAUGUCAACGAUAAUCCACCGGUAUUCGAUCGUCAAACAUAUCGAACACAAAUCACAGAAGAAGACGAUCGUAAUCUGCCAAAACGCAUACUGCAGGUUACCGCCACCGACGGCGAUGUAGAUAGACCAAUAAAUAUUGUAUAUUUCCUGACUGGCCAGGGCAUCGACCCCGACAAUCCAGCGAAUAGUAAAUUUGAUAUAAAUCGCACAACGGGCGAUAUUUUUGUACUCAAGCCCCUGGACCGUGAUCAACCGAAUGGACGGCCACAAUGGCGCUUCACCGUAUUCGCACAGGACGAGGGCGGCGAGGGACUCGUGGGCUAUGCGGACAUCCAAGUUAAUCUCAAGGACAUCAACGACAAUGCGCCCCAGUUCCCGCAGGGCGUUUACUUCGGCAACGUGACGGAGAACGGCACCGCCGGCAGUGCGGUGAUGACAAUGUCUGCCAUUGACUACGACGAUCCCAACGAGAGCACCAACGCGAAGCUAAUCUACUCGAUUGAGAAGAACGUCAUCGAGGAGGAGACGGGCGCGCCCAUCUUUGAAAUCGAGACCGAAACGGGCGUCAUCAAGACGGCCGUCUGCUGCCUCGACCGGGAGCGCACCCCGGACUAUUCCAUUCAGGUGGUGGCCAUGGAUGGUGGCGGACUGAAGGGCACUGGCACCGCCUCCAUACGCGUCAAGGACCUCAACGAUAUGCCGCCGCAGUUCACCAAGGACGAGUGGUUCACGGAGGUGGACGAGACGAACGGCACCUACAUACCCGAGACGCCCAUCCUCACCGUCACCGUGCAGGACGAGGACGAGACGAACACGUUCCAGUACAAGGUGGUGCCGAACAGCGGCUUCGGCUCCGACAAGUUCGCGAUGGUGCGCAACGCGGACGGCACGGGCUCCCUGAAGAUCAUCCAGCCGCUCGACUACGAGGACCCCCUGCAGAGCAGCGGCUUCCGGUUCCGCAUUCAGGUGAACGACAAGGGCGAGGAUGGGCCCAGUGGCGGCGCCAGCGACAAGUACCACGUGGCCUACUCCUGGGUGGUGGUCAAGCUGCGGGACAUCAACGACAAUGUGCCCAAGUUCGACCGGGAGCACGUCGAGGUGUCCAUCUACGAGGACACCAAGGUGGGCACGGUGCUGGAGCAGUUCCGGGCCACCGACGCGGACCAGGGCGGCCACUCGAGGGUCUCCUACAAGAUAGUGCGCGCCACCAACCGCCGGCGCCAGUUUGCGAUCAGCGACAAGGGCGCCGUCAGCAUCCAGAGGCCCCUGGACCGCGAGACCCUCGACAGGCACCACAUCCAGGUCCUGGCCGUCGACGACGGCAGUCCCGAGCGCACGGCCACCGCCACGCUCACGGUGAUCGUGAAGGACGUCAACGACAAUGCCCCGACCUUUGCCCAGGACUACAGGCCCACGCUGCCGGAGAACGUCUCCGGCAAGAAGAUCGUCGAGGUGGCCGCCCAGGACGCGGACGAUCGGCAGCGGGGCAACGGCGGCCCCUUCACCUUCCGCCUGGAUCCCCUGGCCAGCGACGAAAUACGAGCGGGCUUCAAGGUGGAAUACGAUCGGAGAGGCGACAAUGGCAACGGCGUGGCCAUCGUCUCCUCGCUGCGGCCCUUCGAUCGGGAGGCGCAGAAGUCCUAUGCCAUACCCAUCGAGAUCAAGGACAACGGAGCCCCGGCCAUGACCGGCACGAGCACGCUGACCGUGACCAUCGGCGACGUGAACGACAACAAAAUGCAGCCGGGCAGCAAGUCCGUGCUGGUCUACAACUACCAGGGACAGUCGCAGGACACGCCCAUAGGCAGGGUGUACGUGAACGACCCGGACGACUGGGACGUGCCGGACAAGAAGUACUACUGGGAGGUGCAGGAGCACCAGCGGUUCAAGCUGGACACGGACACGGGCAUCCUGACGAUGCGAUCGGGCACGCGGCGGGGCCGCUACCAGCUGCGCUUCAAGGUGUACGACAGGGAGCACGGCCAGGAGGACAUUCCGGCCAACCUGAGUGUCACGGUGCGGGACAUCACGGCGGAGGCGGUGCAGCAGGCCGGCUCCAUGCGCCUGGCCCACCUCAGCGACGAGGACUUCGUGCGCACCUGGAACCCGCUGAAGCAGCAGGUGGAGCCCUCGAAGCUGGAGCGAUUCCGCAACAAGCUGGCCGAGCUGCUCUACACCGAUCGGGACAACGUGGACGUGUUCAGCGUGCAGCUGCGGGAGGGCUCCCCCCACCCGCUCACGGACGUGCACUUCGCCGCCCGCUCGGCCACCCAGCAGCCGUACUUCAAGGCCGUGCGGCUCAACGGGGUCGUGCAGAUGCACCGCGAGGAGAUCGAGCAGGAGGUGGGCCUCAACAUCACGAUGGUCAACAUCAACGAGUGCCUGCACGAGGGCAGGGGCAAGUGCGGCUCCGGCUCGUGCUCCUCGAGGGUGGAGCUGGGCAAGAAGCCCUACACGGUGAGCGUGAACCGCACGGCCCUCGUGGGCGUCCGGCUGGAGAUCAGUGCCCAGUGCGGGUGUCGCGCCAGGAACUUCACCGGCACGGACCACAACUGCCGCUCGCAUCUGUGCUACAACGGCGGGCGCUGCGUGGAGACGCGCAACGGGCCGCGCUGCGUGGCCUGCCCCGUGGGCUACGGCGGUCCGCGGUGCCAGCAGUCGACGCGGAGCUUUCGGGGCAACGGCUGGGCCUGGUAUCCGCCGCUGCAGCUCUGCUCGGAGUCGCACCUGAGCCUGGAGUUCAUAACGCGCGAGGGCGACGGCCUGAUACUCUACAACGGGCCCAUAGUGCCGCCCAAGCCCGGCGAGACGGUGAUCAGCGACUUCGUGGCCAUCGAGCUGGAGCAGGGCUACCCCCGGCUGCUGAUCGACUUCGGCUCUGGGACCCUGGAGCUGCGGGUGAAGACCAAGAAGACCCUCGACGACGGGGUCUGGCACCGCCUGGACGUCUUCUGGGAUGCGGAGAACGUCCGGAUGGUGGUGGACUUCUGCCGCACGGCCCUGGUGUCGGAGAUGGAGGACGGCAGUCCGCCGGAGUUCGACGACAACGCCUGCCAGGCCCGCGGCCAGAUACCGCCGUUCGCCGAGGCCCUGAACCUCAACCAGCCGCUGCAGCUGGGCGGCCUCUACCGGCAGCACUUCGACCAGACGCUCUACAACUGGCAGUACGCGUUCAGCUCCAAGGGCUUCGACGGCUGCAUACGCAACGUGGUGCACAACUCGGAGCACUACGACCUGGCCUUCCCGGCGCUGGCCCGCAACAGCUUCCCCGCCUGCCCGCAGACGGACGAGGUCUGCCUGAAGACCGAGCACACGGCCCGCUGCUGGGAGCACGGCAACUGCGUGGCCAGCCUGGUGCAGGCCAAGUGCCACUGCCAGCCCGGCUGGAUGGGGCCCGGCUGCAACGUGCCCACCAUCCCGACCACCUUCAAGGCCCAGAGCUACGUGAAGUUCGCCCUCAGCUUCGAGCCGGACCGCUUCAGCACGCAGCUGCAGCUGCGCUUCCGCACGCGGGAGCAGGGCGGCGAGCUGUUCCGCGUCAGCGAUCAGCACCACCGCGAGUACGCCAUCCUGGAGCUGCGCCGGGGCCAGCUGCAGUUCCGCUACAACCUGAACUCGCUGCGGAACGAGGAGCAGCUGCUGGCCCUCACGGCCAUCGCCGUCAACGACGGACAGUGGCAUGUGAUUCGCAUUAGCCGCUACGGCUCGGCGGCCCUCAUGGAGCUCGACGGCGGCGAGUCCCGGCGCUACAACGAGUCCUUCCACUACACCGGCCACCAGUGGCUGAGCAUCGACAAGCAGGAGGGCGUCUAUGCGGGCGGCAAGGCCGAGUACACGGGCGUCAAGACCUUUGAGGUCCAGUCCGAUUUUCAAAGGAGCUGCCUCGAUGACAUCAGAUUGGACGGCAAACACCUGCCCCUGCCGCCCGCCAUGAACGGCACUCAGUGGGGCCAGGCGACGAUGGCCCGCAAUCUGGACCGCAACUGUCCCUCGAACAGGCCCUGUUCCAAUGUCAUCUGCCCGGAUCCCUUUGACUGUGUCGAUUUGUGGAACGAAUACGAGUGCACUUGCAGCGAGGGACGCAUCAUGUCGUCGGACACCAAGGGCUGUGUCGAUCGCAACGAAUGCCUGGAUCUGCCCUGCCUCAAUGGGGCCACGUGCAUCAAUCUGGAGCCCCGUCUGCGGUAUCGCUGCAUCUGCCCGGAGGGCUACUGGGGCGAGAACUGCGAGCUGGUGCAGGAGGGCCAGCGCCUGAAGCUAAGCAUGGGGGCCCUCGGCGCCAUAUUCGUUUGCCUGAUUAUCAUAUUGAUUCUGGCCCUGAUCUUUGUACUGUACUCUCGGAAACGAAAAACGACCAAAAAGAAGAAGCGCUCUGGACCGGAGAAGGAUGUGCGCGAAACGGUAAUCAGCUACGAGGACGAGGGCGGCGGCGAGGAUGAUAUGACGGCCUUCGAUAUAACGCCACUGCAAAUACCAAUCAGCGCCCAAGGUGGCGGCUCCAUGCCGCCGGACAUUGCCGCCUGCAAGAUGCCCAUCAUCUAUCCUGUGAUGACACUGCUGCCGCCCGGCCAGGAGCUGAAUGUGGCCUAUCUGAUGGAGGAGCGGAAGCAGCGCAUCGACAAGGAUCCCAAUGCCCCGCCCUUCGAUGACCUGCGGAAUUUCACCUUCGAGGGGAGUGGCAGCAUAGCAGAGUCCCUCAGCUCGUUGGCCUCAGGCACUGAUGAUGAGAAUCAAGACUUUAACUAUUUACAAAAUUGGGGUCCACGUUUCAAUGCGCUCGCCGCCAUGUACGUGCACGAUAAGGCGAAAGCCAAGCAGCCCCCCACGGACGGGGCAGCAGCAGCAGCAACACCACCACCAACAUCAUCAUCAAAAGGAGCAGCGGCAGCAGCUGCAGGAGGAGCAGUAUCCUUGCCGGCGGACAGCGGUGUCCUCGCUGUGGUUGCAACGGGCAGCGGUGCCGGGCCCGGCGGUGGCUGCCCCAAGCCCGAUGCCGACAAAGUUGUAUUAUAAAAAUAAAUAGUUAAGUUGUAGUUAAACCGAUGUUUCAGCUGUAAGCAUUAUGGCCAUAUGCCAUGCCAUUAUCCGGCAGGAGGGGGUGGCGAGGGGAGAGCACACUCUCCAACCGAAAAUAUGUUUUUGUGUAUUCGUGUGUCUGGCUAGGAUUACAAUUGAAUGUAUUAUAUAUAUAUAUAAACGGAUAUAUUUGUGGUUUAACUGUGGAAUUUAAGACUAAUAUAAGCUGAUAACUGUUCUAACGAAUAAGCUAUAGAAGGGUGUACAUCCGAUUUCUAUUCCUACUAAAAGUAUACUUCUUUCCCUCAUUUCGAUUUACUUCUUGGAAGCACUAUGAUUAUAAUAAAUACCACUACUGAAUGGCCUAUCUUUCAGACUCUUCCACUUUAAGGACCAACUUGUAUUGCAUUUACAAUUCUGGGUAAU